AUGAAGGGAAGGAAUGAGACAACAGGAAUGGACUUUAUUCUUCUGGGACUAUUCCCUGACAUGAAGCAUUCUGACAUCAUGAUCUCUGUGAUCAUCUUGAUCUAUGUUGUUGCCUUCACGGGGAACUCCACCCUGAUUCUCCUUAUCCUGGUGGAUUCCCAGCUCCACACACCCAUGUACUUGCUUCUCAGCCAACUGUCCCUCAUCGACCUGCUCUUCAUCUCCACCACUGUCCCCAAGAUGGCCACUGACUUUUUCUCCGGGAAUAAGCACAUCUCAAAUACAGCCUGUGGAACCCAGAUCUUUUUCUACCUCCUGCUGGGGGAAGCAGAGUGCAUUCUCUUGACUCUCAUGGCCUGUGAUCGUUACCUGGCCAUCUGUCGCCCUCUGAGAUACCCACUCAUCAUGAACAAGAGGGUCUGCCAGAUGAUGGUCAUGGUGUCCUGGGUUGGGGGACCCCUAAAUUCUAUUGGUGAAACUGCAUACACCAUGCAUUUACCUACAUGUGGUGACAAGGAGAUAGAGCAUUUCUUCUGUGAACUUACAGCCAUUUUGCGGUUCUCCUGUAAAGAUACCUCUUCAUACAGAUUUACAGUCCUUGUGUUAGGCAUUACACUACUCCUUAUUCCUUUUGUCAUCAUCUUUACCUCCUACACCAUUGUCUUCCUCACUGUCCUCCGCAUGAAUUCCCCGCAGGGCAGGAACAAAGCACUGGCCACCUGCUCUUCCCACCUGAUUGUAGUGAGCCUCUUCUAUGGCCCAGUCAUCUUCACCUACAUGACUCCUGGCUUUUCACACAGCCCUGAUCAGGACAAGACUGUAUCAGUGUUUUUUGCAAUUGUCACCCCCAUGUUAAACCCCUUUAUUUAUAGCUUGAGAAACAAGGAUGUUUUGAGGGCCUUGAAUAAGGUAUUGAAAAGGGGCAUGAUUCCAAAGUAA